AGCGCGGCGUCGGCCAUGGCGGGGCUGCUGUGGCGCCUGCUCGUGUGCGUGGCGGCCGCGCGGGCCACCGCCGCCGAGCUGCUGGCCGAGGAGGUGCGGCGCACCGUGGACCUCAGCACGCACCUGGCCAAGGUCUCGGCCGAGAUCGGGCUGGCCAACGCGGCGGGGGGCAGCGCCGCCAGCGCCUUCCUGCUGGCGCUGGAGCCCGGCCUGGAGCCGCAUCUCGCCUACCUGGGCGUGCAGGUGAAGGGUGAGGAAGAGGAGGAGAACACCUUGGAAGUGAGAGAGACCAAAGUGAAAGGGAAGAGUGGAAAAUUCUUCUCCGUGAAGCUGCCAUCCCCUUUGGCACCAGGAGCCAAGGUCCGUGUGUCUGUGGAAAUGGUUUUCACGCACGUCCUGCAGCCGUAUCCCACCCACAUAACCCAGAGCGAGAAGCAGUUUGUGGUCUUUGAAGGAAAUCACUACUUCUACUCACCAUACUUAACCAAGAGCCAAACAACCCGGCUCAAAUUGGCCUCCAGGAACGUGGAGAGCUACACCAAGCUGGGCAACCCUUCUCGCACGGAAGACAUGAUUGAAUAUGGCCCCUUCAAGGAUAUCCCUCCUUAUAGCCAGGACACCCUGAAGGUGCACUAUGAAAAUAACAGUCCAUUCCUGACCAUCACCAGUAUGACCCGAGUCAUCGAGGUGUCUCACUGGGGGAACAUUGCGGUUGAAGAGACGGUUGAUUUAAAGCACACGGGAGCGGUGCUGAAAGGGCCCUUCUCCAGAUACGACUACCAGAGACAGCCAGACAGCGGGAUCUCUUCGGUCAAGUCCUUUAAGACUAUUCUCCCUGCUGCUGCUCAGGACGUGUAUUACCGCGAUGAAAUUGGAAACAUCUCCACCAGCCACCUCCUUGUCCUGGAUGACUCCGUGGAGAUGGAGAUCCGGCCCCGCUUCCCGCUCUUUGGGGGAUGGAAGACUCACUACAUCAUCGGCUACAACCUGCCAAGCUAUGAGUAUCUCUACAACCUUGGUGAUCAGUAUGCCCUGAAGAUGAGAUUUGUAGACCACGUUUUUGAUGAGCAAGUUACAGACUCUCUGACUGUCAAGAUCAUCUUGCCAGAAGGUGCCAAGAAUAUCCAUGUGGACAGCCCCUAUGAGAUCAAUCGUGCUUCUGAUGAGCUCCACUACACGUACCUGGACACUUUUGGACGCCCCGUUAUUGUGGCCCACAAGAGCAACCUGGUGGAGCAGCACAUUCAGGACAUUGUGGUUCAUUACACCUUCAACAAAAUCCUGAUGCUGCAGGAGCCUUUGCUGGUGGUUGGAGCCUUUUAUAUCUUGUUCUUCACUGUGAUUGUCUACGUGCGGCUGGAUUUCUCCAUCACUAAGGAUCCAGCUGCUGAAGCUAGGAUGAAGGUUGCCUGUAUCACAGAGCAAGUUCUAACUCUGGUAAACAAGAGGCUUGGGCUCUAUCGUCACUUUGAUGAAGCGGUGAAUAAGUACAAGCAGUCACGGGACAUCUCCACCCUGAACAGCGGCAAAAAGUCUUUGGAGACAGAGCACAAGGCCCUGACAAGUGAAAUAGCCUCUCUGCAGUCUAAACUGAAGACAGAAGGCUCUGAUUUAUGUGAUAAGGUGAGUGAGAUCCAGAAGCUCGACAGCCAAGUCAAGGAGCUUGUUCUAAAGUCCUCUGUUGAGGCGGAGCGGCUGGUGGCAGGCAAGCUCAAGAAGGACACGUACAUCGAGAACGAGAAGACGCAUUCCAACAAGCGCCAGGAGCUCGUCACCAAGAUCGACAACAUUCUUGACGCUUUGUAACGCGGUGGGUUAGUAACUGGGAGAAGGGAGGGAUGCAAACAGAGCUCAGAGGCCUGGGAGUGGACACACUUUGAGCCAAAACUAGUAAUACUCCUUCCCAGCAAAAUGGGAAAAUAAUUCAUGUGAAAAAAGGUCUGCAAGUAAAUUUUGUUUUUAGAUUCUUUCAAAGAGCCUCAGCAAUAUAUGCUGUGCAAGGGACCAUGAUGUCUUGCUUUUGGGUGGAUAACGGGGCUUCUGGAGGCGAGACACAGCGAGGUUAUAAAAUAUUCUGCUUUUGUUUGUCCCUGUGCAGCUGUGCUCUUACACACGGCCGGACAGAGCA